AUGUUGAAGCCAAUUUUAAUAUUAUUCCUAUUAGUUCUACCCUCAAUAUUUUCAUGGGUUCGACAAAGACAUAUUCAAACAUAUAUUCAAUUACGAAAUACAAGCAGUUAUCAAAAAGAUGCACUUGAAAAAGGAACUGAUGAACAUGCAAUUGAAAAUCAUUUCAAAUAUUUUCCCAAACAUCUUUUGAACCAAUUUAGUAUUCAGAAUUUGAGAUUUGCUACUUCUCUUAAAUCAAUGAUUACUUUUUUGUCUAAAGAAGGUGUCAGAGUUACAGUUUGUGGAGAAGUCUUGGAAAGUGAGUGAGAUAGUCCUCCCUCAAAUCAUUUUUAAAAAAUUCUGCGCCAUUUUGCAGAAGAAGAAAAAAAUUUACAUCUUCUGAAUUAUUUGGAAUUCGAAAGAUACAAAUACCAAAAAACAACCGAAGAUUUUGCACCAAAAUUUGAAUUUCCGAAAUAUCCUUCCGAACAAAUCAAUUAUAAGUUUAGCUUGAAUUUGACAAAUUGGAUGAAUAUCACAAUUGUCAAAGAAAUCACUAUUAGUUUUCGAUUUAUUCUUGUGUCAUACUUCUUAUUCUUUGAAACUUAUGAAUGGCCAGUUACACAAAUUCAUUUUGAAAAUGAUUGUUUGGAUACGAAAUCGAGUUUGGAUACAAAAAUUGGGAAUAGUUGGACAACAGAGAAUCAGAAAAUUAUUGAUGGAUUUGUGAGAAAAAUUGAUGAUGAGAGUUUAUUCUCAAAAAAUUUCCAAUUGUUAACAAAACUUGGGGAUCACACUCUAUUUUUAGAUCGAGGUUAGUUUCUCAUAGAAUUCGGUGAGCUCCAAAUUUUGCACAUGACUAGAAAUCACCAGAAAGUUAGAGACACAUAGAAAUCAGACAGCUAGAAAGGUAGAGACGCAGAGAAAUGUAGUCUGUAAUUUUUUAGAAGUAUGAUUUCUCUGCGUCUCUAACUCUAUAAAAAUUUCUGGCUUCUCUCAUGUCUCUCUAAAUUUUUCUCUUCAAAUUUCAAGUGUAUGCGUUGAACUUCCUGUCUUCAUUUCAUCAACAAUACAAAUUUGGAGAAUCUGAAAUUGAUAAAAUCGCUGAAAACAUCAAUCACAUUGUUUUUCGAUAUUUGGUGAAUGUUGAAAAUUAUUCGGAAGAAACUGAUAGACAAAAAUGGAGUUUUCAAAUUGAAGCAUGUUAUGUAUGUGACAUCGCAAGCUUCUGAAUUCUUGAAUUUUUUCCAGAAUUCUGAUGAAUGGAAAAUCACAAAAAUGUCAGCAGUCAAUAUUCGACAUCAAAAAUUUUUCAGAAUUUUCCAUGAAUUUUGCAAAUGUUUUUGUCAAACAAACUAAAGAAAUGUGAGGUUUUUCCAAUAAAAUGAAAUAAAAUAAAAUAAUAUGAGCAAUCAUUUUCAGAAUUCUGGAUUUCGUUAAGAAUAAUAAGACUUCUCCAUUUUUGGAGCGAUUUGGAGAGGUGAAGAAAAUUGAGCCGAAAAUGAAACAUACGAUUUUAUUUGAACAUCCGACAGAAUAUUUGAGACAAUUAUUUGGGUCUCAUCAAGAUUUAAAAGUGAGAUUAUUUAUUUUUUAGGGGAAACAUUGAAGUUCAAUAAUUUCGAACAAGAAUUCCUUCAAAUUUUCCUGUAGUAACCCCGAGUGCCUUUGGCGCGAGUGUAUGUCCCUUUAAAUCUUCCUCUUUGAAGGUAGUACUGUCUUUCGGAUCUCGAAUUUCUCCGUGUCUCUCAAUUCCACAUGCUCUCUAAUCAUCUUGCUCUAUUUUUUUCAGUUCCAAAACUGUAGUCAUCAUCAAAAUCCACCAACAUUUCUCAACAAAACCGAAUUCAUUUUUCAAAUUAAUUGUGAAUCACAAGAUGAUUGGGCACUUUAUCGAAUUGUCAGAAUUGAAUUCAGAGCCGUGAUUUUGAUGAGCCGAUUUUCGAUUCAAAUUCAUUCAGCUGAAAUUCUUCCGAAUUUUUAUAUUAUGCAAAAUGAGCGAUUUUCAGAAGAAAAUUUUGAGGAACAUUUGAGGAUUUCGCAGGAAAUUAGUGAUUUGUAAGUUCAGAAUUUGAAGAAGAGCACAAGCUUAAGGUUCUCUGCGUCUCUAACUCUAUAGUGUUAUCUAAUUGUCUGAAUUCUCUGUGUUUCUCAAUGUACAAUUUGUUGUAGACUAAUCUCACAAUCGAGUUUCGAUUUCACAAAUUGGCAAGAAAAUUUGAAAAACUUCACGGAACUCUUUGAAUCCAAUCUCGAUUUCCAAUUCAUCCAAUGUGGAGUGAAAACCGAAAACAUCUUUGAAUAUUUUGAAAAACAUCGCAGAAAAUUCAGAAUUCCUGAAAAAUCGUCAAUUCUUCAACUUCUACAUUCAUCCGAUGAUUUCAUGUUCAAACUUUAUUACAUUUCAAAAAGUUUUAUGAGUUAUGAGGUUUCCGAAAUGCACACUUUUAGUCUUCGAAAAAUCAAUAAUGUUUGGAAGAUUGUGAAAAUCGAGUUGGAUGAUGAAUGUUUUAAUUAUCCAAAGUUUACUCAGAAAGCAAUUAAUUCCAUGAAAACUUUGAAAACUAAUUAUAGCACAAGAGAUUUGAAGAGCAAGUUUAUUGAGAAAACAUCGAAAAUGUGAGUUCAAAUCAUUUUUUUUUGCAAAAAUUGUGUGCGUUCAGAAGAGACGCCAGACGAAAAAGGGAUAGGGAAAAUUCCGCCCACUUUUUUUUUUGAAUUUCCGCAGCUAAAGUAAAAUUCUUUUCCAGCCUCCCUGAAAUAUCUAAAAACCAACAAUUUUCCCCAAACUUCGAAGCAAUCGUGGAAACUGAAAAGCAACACAUUUAUAAGUUAGCGGAACUUGUGAAUUAUCUACAAAGAAUGAAAUUUUUGAAAGAAUCCAAAGAUAAAUUAUUGAUGAUAAUUGAUGAAAAUGAUCAUGUUUUAUUAAAACGCAUUUAUAUUUUUGAAAGAAGAUUUGGAAAUGGAACAAAAAUUGGGAAGGAAUGGGGAUUUUUGAUUGAAGGCAGUUUUAAACAGGUUGGUUGGCAUUUUGAGAGUUGCAACAAAAAUUGAAAAUUAAAUUUUAGAACGAAAAUCGCUGGACAAUUGAUAAAAUGGUUAUAUCUCCUCCUAACUCUCUAUAA